AUGCCGCUCGAUAGCCGAAGAGAGGUGCCGUUCGCGCCGCUGAACCUGACGCUUAGCCAGCAGCAGCACUGUCGAGACUUAACAUUCCAAUUGCUGGACCGCACGCUACGCAGCUUCGACGAGCGAGACGCCAGCAGAGACCCCGUCUCGGGCUCCCCACGACACCAUGCGAGCCUCGACAGCACACGCUGGAAGCAACUGAGGACGCAGACGAACGCUUCACUGUACUCUGAACGUACGAGCGACACGAACACCCCUCGAGACCUCCACCUUCCAGGUGACAACUGGGAUAACCCUUGCGUUUUGCUGGCUGUCGGGACCAUCGAGAGCAAUCUUAGUGAGGUCAUGUUCGGAUUGGAGACCCCCGACUUCCUCUCGAUCCAAGUCCGUUCAUGGGUGUCACGUGGAUGGUGGGGGAGCAAAGUUGGCCACUCAACAAGGUAG